AUGAAAAAUAUACAAAGACAAUCAUCAACAUUAACAAAACCUACCACUCUCCGAUCUCAAUUAUACAAACCAACGACUAUACUAUUACUUUUCGUUCCACUACUCACUGGUGCUUUGGGGGUUUGGCAAUUGAAAAGAUUGAAAUGGAAAUUGGAAUUGAUUGAUGAAGUAGAGAAGAAUAUGAGUAAAGAAGCUUUGAUUUUACCUAGUAAUAUCAAUCUAGACGCCUUACCUGAUUUCACAUACCGUCGUGUUCUAGUAAAAGGUACUUUCACAGGUCCUCCUAUCCUCUUAGGACCUCAAGUUCAUCCCGGUGUUCCAGGAGGAAAAUCUCAAAGAAGAAGAACGGACGAUUGGUCAGGCCCAACAACCAUCCUAGUCAAUAGAGGAUUCAUAACUAACGAUCUUGCUGAUAAGAUAAGAUCUGGUUUUCCUCCUCCGGGAAUGGGACAAGAAGUCAUUUUAGAAGGUAUCUUAUCUAAAGGAGGAGAAAAAAGUUGGAGUCCUGAUAAUAGGAAAGAAAAGAAUGAAUGGUAUUGGAAAGAUCUAAAAGGGAUGGUGGAAUUUUGUGGAGGGGAGAAGAUUGGUUUACAACCUGUUUUAGUUGAUGCUAUUGAUGAUGAAACUAUACCAGCUUCAUUCUUGAUGCAACAAGGUAUUCCUGUGGGUAAACCACCGAUAGUGGAAUUGAGGAAUCAACAUGCUAGUUAUGCAGCGACAUGGUUCUCAUUGAGCGCAGCGACGACGGUAAUGUUGGGAUUGAUGUUACGUCGUGGAACUAGAAGUCCGGUUCGACGACGAGACUUUUGA